CUAUCAUGUUUAAUGUUAUUAUCUUAACAUAAUCUAUGUAUCUUAGUUAAGAUUUCUGUUAUUAGAUUUUGUUGCAUUAUUUAUGUUUUGUUGAAAACUGGGCUUUGUUUUCCAUGAGGUUUUUUAAGUAUAUUUAUCACUGUCAUGAAACUCCUUUAACAAUUGUUGUUUCCUGUAGGUGUUUGAAUUAAGCAUCAUACAUGGCUUACAUCCCUCCACACAAGAGGCAGUCGAAGGAUUCGGACAGAUCGACUCCGACUCCAGAGUGCCUUAUUCCCAGAUUUAAUAGUGAUGUACAUUUAAGGGCUUCAAGGUCCAAUGCUGAUAGGGGUGGAAAGAUCUUAUAUUUGAACUAUGCAAUAUCCAGAUGGUUUGUUGUUGGUUUGGAUGAUGGAAACAGUGACACUUUUGCUGCUCAUCUGAAACCAGUUUCAAUAAAGGUUGGCGAAAACGUUCUGCUAGACCUGUUAUCUUCCUUUGAAAAGGUGAGGGCUGAAAUAGAAUGCGGAGAUGUAAAGCUGUCAAUGGAAGAUGAGAUGCAAAGCAUUCGAAAUCUGAUUGAUUCAACAGUCAUAGACCCUGAUGUGAAAGGUGGCUUGAGAUGGCCGUUCGGAAAAGUAUCAAGUGGGAAUAUAUACAAUGUUGUUGGUGUUUGCCACACAAUGGAUAGUGCUUAUGAAAACUCAUCAAUAAGACUAAAGGUACAACAUGCUGACAGAUUUGAUUUCAAAGCAGCAUACGGUGAAGCCUCGGAGGAGGCUUUCAUGAAGUUGAAAGGAAGCGUUUCAGGACUGAUGGAGAAGGAUGUUGGAACAAAUGUGAUAUUCGACAUGCUUCGAAACAACUUGGGUACGAUAUUGCAACACUUCUUGGCUGCGAGCCUUUUCUAA